AUGUCCCUCAAAUUGCCUUCAGCACCCAACGCAGGGCUUUUUAAGCAGGGCUACUCGCUGUACUCCGCCUCAGAUGGCGCCAUGAUCCGUAACAUUGAGGCGGUUAGAGAGAUCAGCUCCAUCGUGCUCACGUCUAUGGGACCUUCUGGAAGAAACAAGAUUCUUGUAAAUAAACACGACAGAACGUUCAUCACCAAUGAUGCUGCAACCAUCAUCAAUGAAUUGGAAAUUGUGCACCCUGCGGUGAAACUUCUAAUCCAAGCCUCGAAACAACAGGAGUUUGAGAUGGGCGACAACACCAACUUGGUGAUAGUAUUGGGUGGAGAGUUGUUGAACAUUGCUGAAAAAUUGAUCAAUCUCGGUCUAAGUGUGCCUGAAAUCAUUCAGGGCUACAACAUGGCCAACAAGUUUUUGCAAGAGACGUUGGAGAAGCUUGUGGUGGACCGCGUAAAGAACAUCGUGGAACCUGAAGAGCUUUUGAAAGUAAUCAAACCUGUCAUUGCCGCUAAGCAAUUUGGGCUUGAGGACUCCAUUUCAAAGCUCGUGGUGGAGGCCGUGAGAAUGAUCAUAAAUCCAAAGAAACCUCAGGCGUUCAAUAUUGACAACGUUAGAGUGGUGAAGAUCAUGGGCUCUUCCUUGUCCAACUCAGAGGUUGUGAAGGGUAUGGUGUUUCCAAGAGAGCCAGAAGGGCACGUUGAGAACAUCACUGAAAAGCUGAAGGUUGUCGUGUUCACUUGUCCAAUCGACAUCUCUACAACUGAAACUAAGGGUACCGUAUUGCUUCAUGAUGCUCAAGAGAUGUUGGACUUCUCCAAGGGCGAAGAAAAGCAGUUGGAUCAAAUGUGUAAGGAGAUCUACGACUCUGGCGUUCGUGUCGUCAUCGCAGGCUCCUCCAUUGGUGAGUUAGCUCUUCAUUACUUCAACAAGUACGACAUUUUGGUAUUGAAGGUUCCUUCGAAGUUUGACAUUCGCCGUGUUUGCCAGGUUUGUGGCGCCACUCCCUUGCCAAGACUUGGUGCUCCUAUGCCCGAGGAAAUGGGUACGAUUGACGUUAUUGAGACUAAAGAAAUUGGUGGCGACAGAGUUACCAUUUUUAGACAAGAUGAUGCCUCCGUCUCCAGAACCUCCACUAUCAUCCUCAGAGGUGCUACUCAGAACAAUUUAGAUGACCUCGAGAGAGCUAUUGAUGAUGGUGUUAAUGCAAUUAAAGGAUUGGUCCAGGAUAACGCCCUCUUACCGGGAGCUGGUGCCGUGGAGAUUGAGCUUGUCAAGUUAUUGACCCAAUACGGCGAGAGGACACCAGGCUUAAUGCAGCUAGCCAUCAAGAACUAUGCCAAGGCAUUCGAAGUUGUCCCAAGAGUUUUGGCCGAAACCUCAGGCUUGGACUCUACCGAAGUAUUGAGUGCUUUGCAUGCCGCUCACUCUGCUGAGAACAACUCAGGUUUGUGCAAAGGUAUUGAUGUUGAAAACAGCACUGAUGACGGGUUGUUGGAUAUUAAGGAACACAGCAUAUACGACCUUUUGUCCACAAAACGGUCUGCCAUCACCUUUGCAACCGAAGCCGCCAGUACCAUAUUAUCCAUCGACCAAAUAAUCAUGGCCAAGAGAGCAGGUGGUCCACAGGUUCCUCAGCAGCGCAGACCUGGCAACUGGGAUCAGGAUGACUAA